AUGUACGAUUGUCAAUCGUUACCAGCUGUUGAAGUGGUUAAUACGGGUACAACUUUUCUUGAAACAACAGCAAUAUCAUCAUCAUCAUCACGAGCGAAAAAUUUUAAAUACAGAAAACGAACAAAUUAUUUAAUGAAUCGAACUGAAUCAUAUUUUCGACGUAAUCCUGCUGGUAGUAGUUUGCGUAGAUUUAGUUUUCGUCGUAAGCCUACUCGAGAUUCAAUAUCUACUCCAACAUCAACUUGGAGAUUUAAUAAUAAAAGUCAUGAAUGGCAAUUACUUCGAGAAGAUGGUGCUCAAAUUCAACUUGUUUAUAAUAAAUCUGAACAUAUUCCAUUAAAAGAUUUUGCAGCAGAAAUUCGUGGUGGAAAAGAUAUAAAAGAAUUUAUUCUUAGUGCACUUGUACUUCUUGAUGUACAAGAUACAUCUAUAGGAGAUUUAUUAGAAAUAAUACUUCGACGAAUAAAACAAAAUAAUAUACCACAUAAUGGUGGUACAACAACAUCACCAUCACUUUCAGUAUCAAGUGCAACAACAACAAUGAUAAGUAAUACUGUUAGUAGUAUUGCUAGUGGACAUCGGGAAAAUUUAAAUAUUGAAGAAAUUAAACAAGCUUUAUUUGUUAAUGAUAGAGUUCGAAUAUUAGCCAAAACUCUACAAGCAACUACUGCAACUGAAACAAAUUGGACAUAUGAUCAAUCAUGGUUAGCUAUAAUGUGUACAUCACCAUCGAUUCUUAAACGACAUGUUGCUAUUGCACGUUUGAAAAAUCCAUGUAAUUUAGGACGUAAUUGUCAAGAAGCACGUUUUAUUGUUUUUAUUUUAUCACCAAUGAAAGAGAAAGGUACAAAAAAUUUUCUUGAAACUGGUCGAACUUUUGCAACAAUAUUUGCUGAUAUUGAAUUACGUGCAAAAUUAUUAAAAGCAGCAACACAACAAGAAUUUAUAUCAAUUAUUGAUAAACAUACAGAUAAUUUAAUGGAACAACAAACAGCAGUAACACGAAGUUCUCUACCAGAUCCUUUUGAUGAUGCUAAUAAUAAUACUGAUGCAUCAAAAGAUAAGAUAUAUUAUUUUCCAAUACCUUCUGAUAUAUGUAUGGAUUUAUCACGUCGUUUACCUCAUUAUUUAUCCGAUUAUUAUGACAUUUUUCAAACUCAUCGUGGUCCACAAAAAGUUUUAUCUACUGCUGUAUUUCUCUAUUUUGCUUGUCUUUUACCAAGUAUUGCCUUUGGUGUUCUUAACUCUCAAGCAACAAAUAAUCAAAUUAGCGUUCCAAAAGCUGUAGCAUCACAAUGUCUUGGUGGAAUUUUCUUUUCAAUAUUUGCUGGUCAACCAUUAAUUGUUGUUAUGACAACAGCACCUUUAACACUCUAUGUAAAAGUUAUCUAUACAUUAUGUGAUUGGUACGGACUUGAUUUUCGUGAGACAUAUGCUUUAGUCGGUUUAUGGAAUUCAUUUUUUCUUAUAUUAUAUUCAAUUUUUGGUGUAUCAAAAAUUAUGAAAUGGUCAACAAGAUCAACAGAAGAAAUCUUUGCUUUAUUUGUUUCUAUUGCAUUUUUGGUUGAUGCUAGUCGGCAUGUUUAUAAAAAUUUUGGACUUACAUAUUCAACUUUUGCAUGUGAACAACAUGAUAAAUUUUGGGAAAAAUAUGAAGUUAAUAAAAGUGCAGUAAUAAAUUCAGCAGAAGGAUUUUUACAAGAACGAUGUUCACGAGAUUCUGGUCUACUUUAUCUUUUAUUAGCACUUGGGACUGUAUGGCUUGGCACAUUUUUAUAUAAAUUUAAACAAACACCAUAUCUAACGUCAGCUAAACGUGAAUUAUUAACAGAUUAUGCUUUACCAGUAUCGGUUAUAAUCAUGUCCUUGAUUGGUAGUAUACUUUUUAGUCAAAUAAAUCUUCCAUCAUUUACUGUGGAUUCUGGACAUCUCUUUGUUAUGGUUAAAUUUAAAUCUGUUAAUAUUAAACAAAUAAUUGGCACUGGAUUUCUAGGAUUUUCAUUGUCUUUAUUAAUGUUUCUUGAUCAAAAUAUCGCAGGUGCAAUUGUAAAUUCUCCGGCGAAUAAAUUGAAGAAAGGCAAAGCUUUUCAUGUAGAUCUAUUUGUUAUAGCAAUUCUUAAUGGUUUGCUUUCAUUAUUUGGAUUAACAUGGAUGCAUGGAGCUUUACCACUUUCCCCUUUACAUGUCAAAGCACUUGCAGAUACAGAAGAACGUGUUGAACAAGGUCAUAUUCAAUCAGUUAUUGUUAAAGUGCGUGAAACGCGGUUAACAGUAUUGAUAUCUCAUAUAUUUAUCGGUAUGUCAUUAUUAAUGCGUCAUGUAUUAAAGGGAAUACCAAUGCCAGUAUUGGAUGGUUUAUUUCUCUAUUUGGCAUUAACAUCUCUUGAUGGAAAUCAAUUUUUUGAACGAGUUACACUCUUCUUUACUGAACAGGUAACAAUUAUAGAAAGUACCUAG